CCCUUGUCGAAGUUUCCUGACUGCCAGCACAUUCUCCACAAAAUCAGUAUGUCGCAAUCGAUGCCAACUAUGGCGCAAUCGCUACCGCGACUCUAUCGCCGCGCACUUCCGAAGCUAGCUCAAAGCACCCGUCCUACCGCAUCCCAGAACGUCCAACGGGUCGAGCUGAGGCAGGCAAGCUGUUCUUCUCCUCCUCGGGCAUUCUCGACUCGCGCCAAUCUUCAAAGGUCAGCUUUCAGGGCUGCCAAGAAAGAACCCCCCAAAAACGCCGCUAAACCUGCCAAGUAUCGCCCGUUCCAGGCACUUGUUGCGGGAGGUGGUAUCCUCACAUUAUUGUUUUCAGUCGCUCAACCAAUAUCCCGUAACCCGAUCGAAGCUUUGAGUGACAAUAACGAUCCAAUCAUAUCCGAUGCCCAGACACAAGGCCCAUGUGGUGAUGGCUUGCCACGCUUUCGGCUGUCCGAAAUAAAAAUCCACGGACCCAAGUCAGCGAGACCUUGGAUUAUACACGAAGACAAGGUGUACGACAUAACGGACUGGGUACCAGCACACCCCGGCGGUGAGGUUAUACUACGUGCUGCUGGUGGAAGUAUCGAGCCAUACUGGGAUAUCUUCUCCAUUCACAAGACUCCCUACGUACGAGAAAUUCUCGAACAAUAUGUUGUGGGCAGCGUACAUCCGGACGAUCUGGAAGACGGCCGUCCACGUAUGGAUACGGUAGAGGACCCAUUCGUAAACGAUCCGAAGCGCGAUGAGCGGUUGCUUCAGUUGACCUCGAAACCCUGCAAUGCAGAAACAGCAGGUGACAACUUGGCCGGAGAUUUUCUCACCCCAAAUGAAGUCUUCUACGUGCGCAAUCAUAUGUGGGUUCCUGUCAUUGAGGACCCUACGGGCGAUGCUCAUAGCAUCACGAUCGAGCUUCCUGAUGGUGACCACAAGACUUAUACAGUUGGCGAGUUGAAGUCAAAGUUCAAGCAGCAUACCGUCACGGCUGUUAUGCAAUGUUCAGGUAACAGGCGGAAGAACAUGACCGAGUAUGCCCGCAAAACGAACGGCCUCCAGUGGGGUGUUGGAGCCAUUAGUUGUGCCAAGUGGGAAGGUGUCCGCCUUCGAGACGUGCUGGCUGACGCUGGUUUGCUCAUCAACGACCUUCCCGAGGAUGCGCAGCAUGUCCAAUUCUCGGCGUUGGAGGCUUAUGGUGCAAGCAUUCCCAUACAUGCUGCGCUUGAUCCUCGUGGAGAUGUCUUAUUGGCUUUCAAGAUGAACGAUAUGCCUCUGCCGCCCGACCACGGCUUUCCCGUGCGAGUGGUUGUUCCCGGAACAGUGGCUGCCCGCUGCGUCAAGUGGCUGAGCAAGAUAGUCAUCUCGGAUGAAGAGAGCACUACGAGCUGGCAACGCAAAGACUAUAAGUGUUUUGGACCCAACGAGACUCAAAACUUGGACUGGGACAAAUACAAAUCCAUUCAAGAGAUGCCUGUCACGAGUGCCAUCACUAGAGCGAGGUUCAGAUCCGCGUGCAAGAGCGACGGUACUGCUCCCCCGGUCGAACUACAAGGCUAUGCCUACUCAGGCGGAGGAAGAGAAAUCCAGCGCGUUGAUGUGAGCCUUGACGGUGGCCAAACUUGGGGUCAAGCCACUUUCCUGGACGACACCCAUCAAGAGGCGGGAACUAAGAAGUGGUGCUGGAAACGUUGGACGUAUCAAGGUGCACUUCCAGAAACUACAGAUACUCAAGCAGGCGUAGCUACGUUUGUUGUAAAGGCGACCGACGAGGCAUACAAUACCCAGCCACAAUCCUACACGAGUAUUUACAAUCUCAGAGGUAAUCUGGCAACUGCCUGGCACAGAUUGGAGGUCGAUCUGGCUAAGAGCCAAGAGAAGAACAAUGGCACGGCGUCUGUAGAGGUCUAGGUCAGACGUUCCGAUCAGAGGGCAGCACAACGCCACUGAGAUGUGGCUUCGUAUAUCCACUGCGUAGUGGUAUGUGGUAGAGUUGGUAUUGCUUUAUUAGGGGUAGCGACCCCCAUUCCCCCCCUUCCCCCUUUAGUUCUUUAAUUCCCUUUCUUUCCCUGUU